AUGGGUAGGGUUGGACAAACACUCUCAUACUGGGUUAAAUACUGUUUGAUUGCUCUUGCAUCUUAUGCUUUUUGGCGCGGCAUCCAUCGGUCUGGCAUGGCUGUGGUUCAGAUGGCGCAUAAACUACGUUUGGGUGAAUCAGCAUAUCGUAGCGAGUGGCUAUGGACAGAGUGA